AUGACUGCCAGCAUAUCAAACGAGGCAUUCUCAGCCGCACACCAAGUCCUAUCAUCUCCACCCCUCCUAGAAUGCAUCUUCACAUGGGUUUCCAACGACGUCUACGGCAGCUGGCCCGUCCCCGAACUCCUUAAACCCCCAUCAAAGGAGAACCCCAAUCUACACGACGACGAUGAAGACGACGAGCCAGAAGCCUGGAUCGAAAUUAGCGGGGUAUUACUCCGCUGCGCUAUAGUCAACAAAACAUGGUUCCGCGAAGCAAUCCGUAUCCUCUGGCGAAACUGGGAAGAACGAAUACUCUACAGCUCAGGGAUAACAGAGACAUUUUCCAAAAUCGACCACAGCCAGCGACAAUUCUAUGCAAAUUUGAUUCAUCGUGCCGAGGUAGUCGUUAUCGGUGAUUGGCAGUUGGGUCAGUUAGCUCGGACUGUUUUUCAGGAUAUUACGUUUUCGAAUUUGGAGAGCGUUCAGUUUACUGUACCGGGGCAUGGGAAUGAUAGUGAGGUUCCGAUAUUUCGGGCGCCGAAGUUAAAGACGUUGUUGAUUGAUCCGGAGUUUGAUUCGAUGCCUAUUAGUUAUUCCGUGCAUCAGGAUCAGUGGAGGGGGGUUUUUAAGAUUAUUACGGACCGCUUUCCUGAUAUCGAGAACCUUGAGUUUGUGGAUCAGGCUAAGGUUUGGCCGGGGGAGAUUCAGAAGCUUAGGGAUGGGCUGCCAUGUCUGAAAAGCUUUAAUGUGACGGGGGUGGCGGAGAGUACAGUUGUAGGACCUGGACUUUGA